GCGACGCGCGCCGACUGACGUACAUGCGACUGACGUGCUUAUGCCUUCCAGUAUUAUUUAUGGAGCGCGGGAGGCUCGGGCUCUGGCCUCUGCAUGUUGUACCGGCUGGUUGGGCUGCUGCUGGUGGGCGAGUUGGGCCAGUCUUGGGCCAGAGCGCACGGACCAGUGCUCGGAGGUACGAGAUGGAAUGAGUGAGGCGCUUGAAAUGCACACCGGUAAUGCAUCAUGAUCACAUACACUCACCUACCUACCUACCUAGGUACCAUCAUGAGCCGCCGUUGGCCACAAGGCUGAUAGACACGCUGACGGCUGCCGUCGCCAACCAGGACGACGGCCGUCUCGUACCUCAAUGUCGGCCAGAAGGGGCCCCUCGCAGGCCCCGGCAGCGGCCCAGCCAACACCCCCCGCACAACAGCCCGUGAAGCUCUCGCUGCCGCUGGCGUACCAGCAGGACCUCUUCACGGAGUUGCGCGCAGAGGAUGAGCUCGUCGUCAUAUCCAAGGGCCUCGGCCUGAUGCGCCUGGUCACGAACCUGCUGCACUCAUACGAUGCCGCCGGAAACAACCUGGUCGUCAUCGUCGGUGCCGACGACCGCGAGAUCGGUUGGAUAGGCGAGGCCCUGGCCGAGCAUGCCGCCAUCAGCGCGAGCCCCCUGGCCCGCGGGCUCACCGUGGUCAACACCGACUUUACAAACGUUGGCCAGCGCGAGCGCAUAUACGCCCAAGGCGGCAUCUUCAGCGUCACGUCGCGCAUCCUCAUCGUCGACCUGCUCACCGGCCUGCUCGACCCCGUGUCCAUAACAGGGUUAGUACUGCUGCACGCCGACCGCGCCGUCGCCACCUCGCUCGAGGCCUUCAUCCUGCGCAUCUACCGCCAAAAGAACAAGGUCGGCUUCCUCAAGGCCUUUUCCGACAGCCCGGAGCCAUUCACCUACGGCUUCUCGCCCCUGACCACCAUGAUGCGCAACAUGUUCCUCCGCAAGGCCUCACUCUGGCCGCGUUUCCACAUGUCGGUUGCCCACUCACUCGAGGGCAAGAAGACGGCCGAGGUGAUCGAGCUCGAGGUGCCCAUGACAGAUUCCAUGUCCCAGAUCCAGGCCGCCAUCAUGGAGUGCGUCGAGGUCAGCAUCCAUGAGCUGAAAAAGGGUAACUCGGGCCUGCUCGACAUGGAGGACUGGACCCUCGACAGCGCCCUCACUAAGAAUUUCGACGCCGUCGUCCGCCGCCAACUCGAGCCCAGCUGGCACCGCCUCAGCUGGAAGACCAAGCAGAUUGUCGGCGACCUUAGCGUUCUUCGGGGGUUACUCCACUCCAUAGUCUCGCUUGACGCCGUGUCCUUCCUGCAGCAACUCGACACCAUCCUUGCUGCUCACAAGCCCCCUCCUGGGUCCAACCGCCAGACCCAACCUCCCUGGCUGUUCCUCGACGCCGCCCAGACUAUCUUUGAGCUGGGCAAGAAACGCGUCUACGCUGCUGUUGGCACAGCGGCGGCAAGGACCGCAGCGGCUCUGGGGGACGCCGAAAACCAGCCAUCCGUCCCGGCACCCUCCCUGGAUGCGCUUCGGCCCGUGUUGGAGGAGCAGCCCAAGUGGGCGGUGCUCGCCGACGUCCUAGCCGAGAUCGACCGCGACCUGCACUUCGACCCGUCAUUCACCUCGGGCGGCGGCGGUGGCGACUCUAACGGCACUAUUCUGAUAAUGUGCUCAGAUACCAACACGUGCCGACAGCUGCGUGACUUCCUCCAGACGAUGCACGUGCGGCCGCGUAGUGAGCGCCGCGUGGAUCGUGCCGCUAUUAUUGAGGGCGAUGAGGACGAAGAGCCGUCGGCCAGCUUUAUGAUGCGACGCAAACUGCGCAGCUACCUCAAAUGGAAACGCGAAUUCGCACAAGUCAACGCCACGCUCUUUGCUGAGAACCAAAGGGCGCUGGCCAACGCAACAGACAUGACCAAGAGGGCUGGCUCCGGAUCGGGUGGUAUGGGAGGGAUAGGGGGCGGGCAUGGAAGGGCGCCGCCGAACAAGCGCCGGCGCGUGCGUGGCGGCGGCGUUACAGGCACCUCAGGCGGCAGGGCCGAGAACGGGAGCAUCAACCAGUACUUUGAGAAGCCCGGCGAGGUCGCCGGGCUUAUGGCGGAGACGGAGGCCAAGGGCGAGGAGGAGGAGCAGGCGCAGCAGAAGGCCGACGUGACGGCCAUAGCGGACCCGCUAGAGGACAUGGACGACUACUACGAGCUCUUUGACAUGCGCGACCUGGUCGCCGUGCACGCCUACGAUGGCGAUCAGGACGAGCAUGUGCUCGAGGAGGUGCGCCCGCGAUGGGUCGUCAUGUAUGAGCCCGAUGCCGCCUUCAUCCGGCGCGUCGAGGUGUACCGGUCCUCGCACAACGACCGCAACGUGCGCGUCUACUUUUUGUACUACGGCGGCUCCGUCGAGGAGCAGCACUAUCUGGCCUCGAUCCGACGCGAGAAGGACGCCUUCACGCGCCUCAUCAAGGAGCGCGCAAACAUGAGCGUCGUCGUCGGCGGCGCCGUCGACCCCCACGCCGCCACCACUGACGACCCGCAGGAGGCCUUCCUGCGCACCGUCAACACGCGCAUCGCCGGCGGCGGUCGCCUCGGCGCCUCGGCGACGGCGGAGCCGCCGCGCGUGGUCGUCGACGUGCGCGAGUUCCGCUCCUCGCUCCCCUCGCUCGUCCACGGGCGGUCCAUGGUCAUUGUGCCCUGCAUGCUGACGGUGGGCGACUACAUCCUGUCGCCCAACAUUUGCGUCGAACGCAAGUCCAUCUCGGACCUCAUCUCGUCCCUCAAGGACGGCCGCCUCUAUACGCAGUGCGAGGCCAUGUUCCAGCACUACAAGAACCCGAUGCUGCUCAUCGAGUUCGACCACGGCAAGUCCUUCACGCUCGAGCCCUUUGCCGACCUGUCGGGCAGCCUCAGCAGCGUGCGCGCCGCGUCGGCCUCGCACCAGCCGCCCGACCUGCAGGCCAAGCUCGUGCUCGUGACGCUCGCCUUCCCCAAGCUGCGCCUCAUCUGGUCCUCGUCGCCCUACGAGACGGCCGAGAUCUUUGAGCGCCUCAAGGCCCAGGAGGCCGAGCCCGACCCCGUCGCCGCCGUCCGCGCCGGGCUCGACGGCGGCCAGGCCGCCGACGACCAGCCCUUCAACCAGGAGCCGCACGACAUGCUGUCCAUCGUGCCGGGCGUCACGCCCAAGAACGUCCGGGCCGUCACGGCCCACGUCGAGAACCUGCGCGAGCUGGCAAACUUGCCGCCCGAGGAGCUCGCGCCCGUCGUGGGCAGGGAGGCGGCUAGGCAGAUGCACGGGUUUUUUGUCAAGGAUGUCAUUGAGGAUGGGUAGCAGGUGAUUUUGUCUGUUGAGAGGUAGCAAAUAAAUAUUUGUCGCAAACACUUGUAGCAGCAAAGUCGACAAAUAAUUUGAAGCAAAUCAGAAAAGAGCCAAGGAAGUAAAUAAACAGGACAUCCAUCUGAACACCGCUGGCAGUGGCGCUCAGCAUAGCACCCUAAAGUGUCGCUUUUUC